CUAUUUACGUGCGGUGUUUACGGUGUGAUUUGUUCUCGCAUGCGUUCUCGGUACACAAGCUCGCGUGCACGGUUUAUCUCACACUAGCUAAUCGGUACCCUCCGCGUGCGCCUGUUUAGCUGCUGUAAAGCGUUUCCCAUUCUGUGGUCCUGCCCUCAAGACUGUGAGCUGAAUUCUGAUUGGCGGAAAUGGAGUGCCAAUCUGUCCUGCACCAGUGAUCAGGCCGGGAGACUCCAGUGGUGACAUCCUGUGGGGCCAGAGAUCAAAGGCGAGGAGGCUGUUUUACCACCGCUGGAACUGAAGAUUGCUUUAAAUAAGCAAGUCCUUGUAGAAGGUUUUUUAAGUCAUGAUGCAAGAAUCUGGGACCGAGGCGAUGAGCAACGGGCCAGCCAAUCAAAAUGGAGGAGCGAGCGUGGAGGGCGGAUCCGGGGAGGGACGAACCAAGAGCGCCACGCCGUCAAUGGAGGUGACUGCAGCUGACCUCCUGCAUCUCCAGCAGCACCAGGCUCUCCAAGUGGCUCGGCAGAUACUCCUCCAGCAGCAACACCAACAGCAGCAGUCCCACUCACAGCAACUGCAGUCUCAACAAAACACUGGCGGCAAAUCCCCUAAAGCCAACGACAAGCAGCAAAGCCUACAGGUUCCAGUUUCAGUGGCUAUGAUGACACCUCAAGUGAUAACUCCUCAGCAGAUGCAGCAAAUCCUUCAGCAGCAAGUCCUGAGCCCUCAGCAGCUCCAGGUUCUUCUCCAGCAGCAACAGGCCCUCAUGUUACAGCAGCAGCAACUCCAAGAGUUCUACAAGAAGCAGCAGGAACAGCUCCACCUCCAGCUUUUACAGCAGCAGCAGCAGCAGCAGCAACAGCAGCAGCAACAGCAGCAGCAUGCAGGCAGCAAGCAGAGUAAAGAGCAGCAGGUGUCAGCCCAGCAGUUGGCCUUCCAGCAGCAGCUCCUGCAGGUCCAGCAGGUCCAGCAGCAGCAUCUGCUCAACCUUCAGAGACAAGGGCUGCUCACAAUCCAGCCUGGACAGACCGGCCUGCCACUGCACUCCCUCACUCAGGGCAUGAUUCCAGCAGAGCUGCAGCAACUAUGGAAGGAAGUGACAAAUGCUCACGUGAAGGAGGAACACAACAACAGCAGCAACAACGGCCACCGGGGCCUUGACCUGUCCUCCCCGGCACCGCCUAAGAACCCACUCCACAACCAGCAUGCCCCCACCAACGGGCAGUACCUGAGUCACAAGAGAGAAGGCUUAAGUGAAGAAGGCAAUCCACACAACCACCCCCUUUUUUGUGGGGGGUGUUUUUGAAAGUGGCCUGGAUGUGAGGCGGUGUUUGAUGAUUUCCAUUUAUUUCUUUGGCAUCUUAACAAUGAGCACGCCCUGGAUGACAGGAGCACGGCCCAGUGUCGGGUGCAAAUGCAGGUCGUACAACAGCUGGAGCUGCAGCUAUCGAAAGACAAAGAGCGUCUGCAAGCUAUGAUGACGCACCUUCAUGUCAAGUCCACGGAGCCCAAAGCCACCCCACAGCCGCUCAACCUGGUGUCCAACGUCACAUUGUCCAAAUCUGCCCCUGAGGCCUCUCCUCCUCUGAGCCUGCCCCGGACCCCCACCACACCCACAGCACCUCUAACACCCCUGUCCCAGACCCACUCAGUCAUCACAGCCAACAGCCUCCACAGCGUGGGCCCCAUGCGACGACGCUACUCGGAAAAAUACAACAUGCCCAUCUCUCCAGAUCUCAGUCAGAACAAAGAGUUUUACAUGAAUGCAGAUGUUAGACCGCCGUUCACAUAUGCCUCACUAAUAAGACAGGCAAUUCUCGAAUCUCCAGAAAAGCAGCUAACACUAAACGAAAUCUACAACUGGUUCACACGAAUGUUUGCAUAUUUUAGGCGCAACGCAGCGACGUGGAAGGGUGCCAUUCGCACCAACCUUUCCCUGCAUAAGUGCUUUGUGAGAGUAGAGGAUGAGUUUGGGUCCUUUUGGACCGUUGAUGAUGAGGAGUUUAAGCGCGGCCGGCACAUACAGCGAGGCCGUCCUCGGAAAUACGCCGCUGAUGAGAACUUUGAUGAGCUGCUCGUACAAAGUCCAGCCUUAGUGAAGAACAUUCAGACCAGCUUGGGCUAUGGUCCGACCCUCUCUGCUGCCUUCCAGGCUUCAAUGGCAGAAAACAACAUACCUCUAUACACUACUGCUUCCAUUGGAAGUCCCACCCUCCACUCCCUGGCUAACGCCAUCCGCGAGGAGAUGAAUGGAGCGAUGGACCAUGGAAACAGCAACGGCAGUGACAGCAGCCCGGGACGCUCGCCCCUGCUAGCUAUGCAUCACAUCAGCGUUAAGGAGGAACCACUGGACCCCGAAGACCACGAAGGGCCCCUCUCCCUGGUAACGACUGCCAAUCACAGUCCAGAUUUCGAUCACCACAGAGAUUACGACGACGACCAGGGCCACGACGACAUGCUGUAAGGCUAGCGCAGCCCCCCCCGCCCCGGCCUCAGAGGCAGAGGCAGUCUGGGUCAUCUGGGAGACGGAAACGCUCCGCAGAUAACAAACACUGAACUGCAGUCUCAGCCACUGAUGACAGCGCUCAAAUGUCUCGGAGUUCACUUUUUUUAGUGCCAUUACAAUACCUAGCAAGAACACACACACAAAAACACAGAAUACGCCCCCACAUGAGGGAUUUUUGUUCUUUCUCUCUUUCUACUUUUGAUUUAAGUAAAGCGCAAAAAGUGAAACUUAAUUUCUACUCAUGUGCGGGAUGGACUUGUUUGGUACGGCGGUCGACGUGCUCGUGGUCAGAGACCCUCGCCGUGCAGCCAGGACGGACUGCACUCAGCGGACUGCAAGAGGGGUUGUGUCUCUCCUCAGCCCACCCCUCCGCUCUCUCUCUCUCUAUCUCUCCCUGACUCUUUCAGACACACGCAUCUGACCACAAACUCAAGAGAGAGAGAGGAUGACUGACGUUUAAUUUACACCGUGUGUGUGUGUGUGUGUGUGUGUGUGUGUGAAUGCAGCAAGUGCGGACUUCUGUACAUUGUCACUGCCUUCAACACUUCUCAUUGGUUUGAUUCCAUCUAGGGUGGGAAGGAUGUUGUUUUUUGUUUGGGUGUAUUUUUUUGUGGGGGUGGGGGUGGGGUGAGAGGUUAUAAAAUAACAUAAUGUGUCUUUUCCAUUCAAUGCUGUUAUUGAUGUUGCAUCUUUUUUUUCUUCUUUUCUUUAACUGAUCAGACCUCAUGCCCAUACUGUGGAGAUUCUAUGUGGUCAGCACUUGAUGAUGAAUGUUUAUGAUUUCCUUUCAUGUUGUUCUUUUAAACACACGCGUGAGGCAGAAUGUCCCAUACCAAGUAGUUUUUUUUUGUCAUUUAUUCUACAAUCUUCAAAAGAAAAGUCACCGCGCUGACGUGUAGCCCGCCCCUCGCCCUCGUUCCUCCCCCUCCCCCUUCUGCUCAUGAAGUCCAUUGGCAAUGCACUACUCGUAAUGAAGGCUCUCUCCACGCAUCAGUGAAGUUUAAUUUAAGAUGCGAAUGAAUGACAGAGAAAUCAUGCAGGUUAUGAUUUAUCCUUAUGAAAUUAUACUUCAAAAACAGCCCCUCACGGCAGAGCAUGUUGAGCUGCAACAGAAUUUCUGAUCGCUUACAAGCUCCGGGUUUUUUAAAGCAAAAUGAAAAUGUCAGGUGUGUGCCAGACAGAUAAUGAUUUAGACCAACUAAUUGUAAUUCCUGAACACAACUGUCAUUGUUAAUCAAACGUGUCUGCUUUUUCCACGCUGUAAUUUCAUUCAGUGCUUAAAGAUAAACGUGCAUUCCCUGUAGUUUUAUUUGCAUCACGCGCAUGACCAGUUUUAAGUUCUAGUGAGUGUUAAAAAUUGCACACUGGAUGAAACGCUCACUUUCUUUCAUCAAGGGUAAAAAUCCCAAGACUUGCAAUAAAACCUAAUUAUUGCACAUUCCAGCAUUUGACAGCCAUCACAAAGGGCCCACACAUACAGUACAUGCCAUUUAAAGGAAUGUGGAUACCUCGAUGUUCAGUGUCACCCAAAAAGCCAAUAGUUGUAGUCCACAGCAUUGGACCGAGUGGAAUCCACAUGUAGUUUAGUGAUGCAGCAACAACAAGUCCAGCUUUGGUAGGGAGUUCAAUUUUACAGAGACCAUGAAAUCCAAGACUGCAAAUCAACCACUUUUUAUUAUUUUAUUUUUAUUUAAUAUUAGUAUUAUUUUAUGUUUUAUUUGGCUUUUUUUCUUAAGUUGUUGAUGUGUUUAAAUAUCUUCUUCUGUGACUACCAAAGAUAAACUACAAAGUCAAUGUUGUUUGUUCCAUGCAAUAGCAGAUAAGGCCAAAUAAUAUCUCCUCCGUUCUCUCCCAUCGGCUGAUCUCAGCAGAUCGAGCCGAUGGCAGAUGGAAUCGAAGGACUUGCUCCUCAAACUGGUGUUUUCAUUCAUUUUUAUAAAAACCAAAGGGGGGUGUAUCGAACAGGACAGCUGCAGUAAUGUUUGCAGUGACCAAAACUGAAAGGGAGGCGCUGACAGUCUGACUACACGAUGACCAAAUUAGGGAAACUUUUUGUCUUUGGGCCAGUGAGUGGAAAAGGGAGCUUUUUGGUCAGGAGCAGAUAUGAACAUAAAGGGUAUAUGUAGAUUAAGUCGAUGAGGAAAAAGUAUACUGGUAAAUGGAAAAAGCUUUGCAGAGAACAAUGUGAAACGGAUUUUAUACUUCAACUGGACCACACAAUUAUUCAAUGUUUCUCUUCUUUUAUUCCUUAUUCAUUUCUAUCCUUUAAAAAUGAUUGUAUGCCACUCUUUAGGGGUUUUAGCGUUAUUUGGAAAGACUUUAUGAUUGUGUUUAGUUUCUGUCAAUUUAUUACUUUUUAUAUUAAAAAAAAAACACUCCUGUCAACUAAUAAGCUGGGUACAAGGUACUUUAUGGCAGUUAUUGUUACUAUUAUGAUAUUUUUAAGUUCACCGCUUAUUAACUAAAAAGGAAAAGGGCAAUCUGUGGUUUCCAGAAGUUGUAUUUAAUAUCCAGGCAGCUGUGGGAUGGGUCAGUCACAGCCAGGCUAAGAUCGUGAGAACAGGGGCGAGCUCAUCCACAAACCCCCAGUCAUGUGGCUGGUUUGUUUGGUAUUCAAAAAGGAGGAAAAGCGCUGGUAGAUUA